AUGUUUUGUGCAUCAUUAGCUCUCUUUGGAACUAUCUUCUUGGGUUUUCUUGGAUACUUGAUUCAAAUUCAAAUGCCAUUUCUUAAGUUCAAAAUGCAUGAUCGAGAAACAACUAAAGAUGCUUUAUAUACUUCUAGCAUCGUAAAAUUAAUUCUUUUAUUUAGAUCUAUUUUGUGCUAUUUCUUAUUAUUCUAUUGUAUGAUUGCUGCAAAACCAAACCAUAUCCACAUUAUAAAGUUUAUCAAUAAUGGAAAUACGAAAUACAUGAAUGA